AUGACGCGCCUCGGCACAUGGAGGGCCACCUACCUCGUCGCCCUGUCAUGUGUCGGCUCCUUUCUCUUCGCCUACGACACGGGCAUCGUGGGCGGCGUCCUGACGCUGCAGUCUUUCCAGCGGGACAUGGGCUUCAGCGACGGCGAGCAGGAGAAUGUCGCCUCGCUGUCGGCCAGUCUGCUGCAGGCGGGAGCCUUCUUCUCGUGCCUGUUCGUCUGGCCGUUUACCGCCCACUACGGCCGAAGAUGGGCUCUGGCCGUGGCAUCGCUCAUCUUCAACAUUGGCGCCGUGCUGCAGCUCUUCUAUCAGCAAGGCAUCGCGACCUGGUAUGCCGGGCGUACCAUCUCCGGCAUUGGCGCAGGCGUCGCAACCGUCGUCAUCCCCAUGUACUCGGCCGAAAUGGCCCCCAAGGAAAUCCGCGGCCAGCUCGGCAGCCUCUUCCAGUUCUUCUUCACCCUGGGCGUUGCCGUCAGCUACUGGGUCGACUACGGCGCCGCCCAGCACAUGCGGCCGUCGACGGCGCAGUGGCGCAUCCCCGUCGCCCUGCAGCUGGUGCCCGGCGGCAUCCUGGGGCUGGGCAUGCUCCUGACCAAGGAGAGCACGCGGUGGCUGGCCCAGCACGACCGGCACGAGGAGGCGCUGCAGUCGCUCGUCUGGGUGCGAGGCGGCGACAGCGUCGAGGUGCGCAUGGAGUUUCAUGAGAUUGUGGCGGGCAUCGAGGAGGAGGAGAGGCAGACGGCCGGCGUGACGUGGAGGGAGUAUUGGCUGCCGGCGAACCGAUAUCGCAUCUUCCUGGCCGUGACUCUCCAGAUUGGCGCCCAGAUAACGGGAAACACUUCCCUAGCAUACUGUACGAACGAGCCCCCCAAACCUCUUCUGAUAUCGUCUCUCAUCUCUCAUCCACACACAGUCUCCCCUCAAGUCUUCCAAGCCGUCGGCGCCGGCCAAAACGCCCUGCUCCUCAGCGGCUUCUUCGGCGUGUGCAAGGUCGUCAGCUGCGCCUUCUUCCUGCUCUUCCUCGUCGAGCGCAUCGGCCGCCGCUGGUCCCUGCUGGCCGGCUCGUUCCUCAUGGGCAUGUACAUGUUCAUCAUCAGCGUGCUCACGCAGCGGUAUCCGCCCAUGGGCAACGGGACGUUGACGCCGCCGGCCAUAGCCUCGAUUUCGAUGAUUUUCCUAGAAGCGAUGACAUUCAACACAUCGUGGGGUCCCAUCCCAUGGCUGUAUAUGAGCGAAAUCUUCCCGACAAGAGUCCGCGAAGGAGGCAUCGCCGUCGGCGCAGCCACCCAAUGGCUCUUUGGCUUCACGCUGUCCCAAGUGACGCCCGCCGCCGUCAACAAUCUCCGAUGGAAGGCCUUUCUCAUGUUUUGCUGCUUCAACUGGGCGCUGGUGCUGUACACCUGGUUCUUCAUCAAGGAGACAAAGGGCCUGUCUCUGGAGGAAAUGGACACUUGUGAGUUUUUCCAAAACCUACAACAACCCCCGACUAAGAAACCUCAAAACAUGUGCAUCUUUGAACCAUCUCAACCGGGAAAUAUCAUUGAUGAAAGCGUCGCUGGUUUCGCUGUCCGGUUGUCGCCUCUCCGGGCCGCUCUCCCGCAGCCGAGGCGGCGGUUGAGCUCAGGAGCCUUCACAGGCUGUAGUCGCCACCUCUCGACCACUGCUACUACAGGGCAAACUCCAUCAAAAGACGCCAUGUCUUGCGUCUCACUCAUCCUGACGCCGGACGUGCUUCUAAGCGUUCGAGAGUUUUGGUUCGAGCACCUGGCGGGCCCAGAUAGCCUCGUCAUGCCCAGCGCAGAAGAGAACAAGAGAUGGUUCUUUGGCGGAUCAGAGUUUGACAAGCUAUGCGUUGAGCGCUUCGCCCCUACUCUAGAAGCCAUCCGCAAGGAGGGCAUCAAAUCAGGCCACGACAUCAUCUACGCCCUGCAGCCCAGAGACGCCCACGACUGGCUCAGCCUGGUGCUCCUCCUAGACCAGAUCCCGCGCAACUGCUACCGCGGCGAGAGCUCGGCCAUCGUCUUCGCCUACUUCGACGCCAUGGCCCGCGACGUCGCGCUGGAAGCCCUUCAGCGCGGCGUCCCCGACGAGUGGCCCGAGAUUCGCUGGCGCUUCGCCUGCCGCGGCUGGUUCUACGUGCCGCUGAUGCACUCCGAGGACGUCGACCUGCACGAGCUGGCGGUGCAAAAGUACCGGGCCUUUGCCCGCGACGUCGAGAGCCUGCUGCUUCCCGAAGACGACGCCAACGCCAACGCCAACGGCGACGAGUCCGACGUCGCUCACGAGUACCGCAUCGCGGCGCAGCGGGUGAUGCAGGCGAACCCCGAGGCGGCCAAGGACUACGGCCAGCUAAACCUGACCUUUGAGAAGAGGCACUGGGCCAUCAUCAAGCGGUUUGGACGGUACCCGCACCGGAACCGGGUCCUGGGGCGGGAGACGACGGGCGAGGAGCGCGACUAUCUGGAGAAUGGGGGAGACACGUUCGGAGGGUGA